UCUGACAAAUGUUCUCCUUGCGAACGUUUCCUGUUUGUAUCCGGUAAAGAAAAGGAAAUCAUUAUUCUCCAUUUCCACUAUUGAAGUAAAAACGACAGACUAAAGAAAUAUGUUAAAAAGGAUUUAUUUAAUAUGUCUUCUUCUUAUUCCCGUAAAACUGCAAGUUUCAGACAAUGAAGAACAAUGUGAGCCAUCAUUUGCUGACGAUUGUUUUGGAGAUAUAGAAAAGACAUUAAGAGAUAUGCUUGAUGUAAAAAACAAUGUUGCAAAGAGAGUAACAUAUAAUUCUUUGGAUGAAUUUUGCUGGGUAUUAGAUGAUGCUUUGAAUUGUACCAGUGACAUUAUAGAUUCAGACUGUUCUUCAGAUGAAGGCCGAGAUCAAUUCGAUUCUUGGUUGGAAGCUCUUCGUGCUGCCUACUUUUAUGUGUGUGGUGGUGAUUCACUCGAAGAUUUGAGCGAAAUUUUUAGAGGUAUAGCAUGUUGGAACAUCGAUAUAUUUGUCAAUUGCACAAUAGCAAAACUUCGAAUUGGACACGUUGAAGAUUUAUUGUAUACAAAUUUAGAUUUUUCAGAAUGCACAAAAUUAAGACAAUCAUUUUUUCAAUGCAAUCAAAUGGCCAAGGUAUCAUCUUGUCGAGAACAAAAUAACGUCGAAGAUAAAGUUCACGAAUUACUUACGACAUUUUUAGACGCUUCUCACUGUUCUGGUCAAUCGGUUAUAAAUUCUUUCAAGUACUUAAUCAUUCUUUGUGUAUGGUAUGCUUACCUGAAAAGGUUAGGUUAACAAAGACUUUU